GGGAGGGGGCGGUGCUGAAAGCGGACUGGGCGGGGCCUAGGGGCCGGUAGGGGGCGGGGCCUUGUGCGUUCCGCGCGGCCAUUGGCGGCGCUGCGUGAGCGCGUUCGGUCCCGCGCGGGCGGGCGCAGCCGCGGCGCGUUCUGCGAAGCGCGGCAGGUGCGCGGCCGGCCUCCCUCUUCUCAGCAGCUCGCUCGCCGCCCGAAUCUUCGGGAUCCCAGCGCGGCCGGGCCGAGGAGCUGGCAUGGCCUGAGCGCCCGCGGCGACGGCGGCGGCGGCAGCAGCAUGGGGAACCAGGACGCGAAGCCGAAGAGGAGUGCGGGCGAUGCACCGCACGGAGGCGGCGGCGGCGGCAGCGAGGACGCCGCCGGGCCCCGCGAGGCCGAGGGCACAAAGAAGGCGGGCGGGGGCAAGAAGGCGCCGGGCCGGCACGGCAAGGGGGGCGGCGGUGGGGAGCCGGGCAGGAAGAAGAGCCGGUCGGAUCCCAGGGCCUCGGUCUUUUCCAACCUGCGCAUCCGGAAGACCCUGUCCAAGGGCAGAGGUGCUGGCGGCUCCCGUGAGGAUGUGCUGGACCCCCAGGCCCUGCAAGCCGGCGAGCUGGACAGCGCCCACUCCCUGGUCACCAAAACCCCGGACCUCAGCCUCUCGGCCGACGAGACGGGCCUGUCCGAUACGGAGUGUGCCGACCCUUCCGAGGUGACGCGGCCCCGGGGUCCCGGCUCCGCCGGGGUCGGGGGCCCGGCGGUGGCCGAGGAUUCGGAGACUGCGGCGGGGGUGCAGGAUGGACAAAGGACCAGCUCGGGCUCAGACACAGACCUCUACAGCUUUCACUCGGCCGCGGAGCAGGAGGACUUGCUCUCGGACAUCCAGCAGGCGAUCCGCCUCCAGCAGAUGAAGCAGCAGCAGCAGUCCCCGAGCCCCGAGUCGCCCCCGGCGUCGGCCCCCUCCGCCGCCCCCCCGCCCGGGGCCCUGCCGGGCCUGGACCGACCCCUGCCGGGCCCAGGCGCCGAGGCGGCGCCGUCCGCGCGCCCCGACCGGCCCCCGCCUGCAGACCAGCCCGCGGCCGCCGCCUUGCCGUCUCCCGGGUCGGCUCCCGGGGAGCGAGGGGCCGCGGACACGGACGAGGAAGGCGAGGAGGACGCUUUCGAGGACGCGCCCCGAGGCUCUCCGGGGGCGGAGUGCGGCCCGGCGGCGGGAGAGGCCCCGCGCAGGCCGGGGGCGACGCGCGAGGAGGGCUCGCCGAGGCCCAGCGUCCCCGCGGCCGCCUCUCCGCCCCUCAGCCCCGCGCUCAGCCCGCGCUGCUCCCGGGCCCGCCCGCUUCUGGCGCCCUGCUACGUCAGGACCACCACCCGGCAGCUCAGCUCGCCCGGGCCCUCCCCGGCCCCGUCCCCCAGCCACAGCCCCCGGGUCCAGAGACGGCCGGAGUCCUCCCUGGACCGGGGGUCCGGAGCCGCCGCGGCCCCCGCCGCCGCCGCCGCCGCUGCCGCCGCCCCGGCCAGGAAGCCCCGCGCGGGCCGCAGCCGCUCGGCCGACUGGACCGCGGAGCUGGGCCGAGCGCCCGGGGCGGGGGUCUCGGCGCACCUGGCGCAGCGUGGGGCGGGCGGUCUUCAGGACGUGUUCGCAGGGCGAACUCUGCUGGAGAAGCUGUUCAGCCAGCAGGAGAACGGGCCUCCAGAAGAAGCAGAGAAGUUCUGCUCGCGGAUCAUUGCCAUGGGUCUCCUUCGUCCUUUCAGUGACUGCUUCAGGGAGCCGUGUGGUCAGAAUGCCCAGUCCAGCUCAGCUCCGUUUGAUCAAGAUCAACUUUACACCUGGGCUGCAGUUAGUCAACCCACACACUCACUGGAUUAUAUAGAAGGGCAGUUUCCCAGGAGAGUCCCAGCUGCUUGGCCACCGUCUAAACCUCCUGACGAAGAACACAGGCCCAAGGAUGCUGACACAGAGUCUCAAUCUGCUGUUUUAGAAACUCCGAAAAAAGAUUCAGAUGCUGCUCAGCAGGAAGUUUGUGACAUGAAAUCUGAGGGUCAGGCCACUGUCAUUCAGCAGCUGGAGCAGACCAUUGAGGAUUUGAGGACCAAAAUAGCUGAGCUAGAGAAGCAGUACCCAGCCACAGACAUGGAGGUGGCCACCUCCGGAGACGCGUGUCUGCGAGCUCUCAGGUUGGGAGAAAAGGAUGUAGGGCCUCAAAGGAUUUUACAGGCAAAGUCAAUCCAGACGUCCCCGACAGAGGAGGGUGGGACGCUGACUCGUCCUCCCACGGGCGCCCUGCCUGAGGCCGCGAAUGGAGACUCAGCCGGGCCGUCCUCACCUCCCGGACCUCAGACCAAAUUCUGUGCAGAGAUUUCUUUGGUCGUGUCUCCAAGGCGAAUAUCAGUUCAGCUCGACGCACAUCCAUCCCUGCAAGCUCCACCACCCACGUCGCUGCCCUGGUCUGACGGUCAAGGACAGGCGAGCUCACAGCCUUCCCAUCCUUCUUUUCACACGGAGUUUGAAACCAGCCACGAGCACUCUGCUUUCCCCUCCUCUGAAAACAGCCGUGACAUCCCCACUGCGCUGCCUCUGUCUCCCACGUUUUCCCACCAGAUGCCUGGUCUGGGCACCGUGGCUCCUCCACGGCCCCCGCCCCAUGUCACGCCUGAGCCUGCACUGCUCAGCCCACUGUGCCCCUCACCUCCUCCUCUGCCCGGUCCAGAGAUGCUGCAACCCCCUCCCCUACCUUUGCCUGGUGAGGGAAUUCCUCCCGCCCCCCCUCUUCCCGGUGUGGGAAUUCCUCCCGCCCCCCCUCUUCCCGCAGUGGGAAUUCCUCCCGCCCCCCCUCUUCCCGGUGUGGGAAUUCCUCCCGCCCCCCCUCUUCCUGCAGUGGGAAUUCCUCCCGCCCCCCCUCUUCCCGGUGUGGGAAUUCCUCCCGCCCCCCCUCUUCCCGGCGUGGGAAUUCCUCCCCCUCCCCCUCUUCCCGGCAUGGGAAUUCCUCCCACCCCCCCUCUUCCCACAGUGGGAAUUCCUCCCGCCUCCCCUCUUCCUGGCGUGGGAAUUCCUCCCGCCCCCCCUCUUCCCGGUGUGGGAAUUCCUCCCGCCCCCCCUCUUCCCGCAGUAGGAAUUCCUCCCGCCCCCCCUCUUCCUGGCAUGGGAAUUCCUCCCGCCCCCCCUCUUCCCGGGGUAGGAAUUCCUCCUGCUCCCCCUCUUCCCAGCGUGGGAAUUCCUCCCGCCCCCCCUCUUCCCAGUGAAGGAAUUCCUCCUGCUCCCCCUCUUCCCAGUGAAGGAAUUCCUCCCGCUCCCCCUCUUCCCAGUGAAGGAAUUCCUCCCGCCCCUCCUCCUCCUUUGCCAGGUGUGAGGGUUCCGCCUCCUCUAGCCCCUCCCCCUCCUCCCCCUCCUGGAACAGGUUUCCCCCCACCCCCCCCACCCCCUCUGCUUCCUGGAUCCAGCCUUCCUCUCCCACCACAAGCUGGGAGUACCACUUCACCAACACUGCAGGCAUGUGGAUUUCUUCCUCCACCAUUGCCAGCUGGCUUGUUUGGAUUCGGGUUGAACCAGGACAGAGGCAGCAGGAAGCAGCCAAUAGAGCCUUGUCGGCCGAUGAAGCCUCUGUAUUGGACGAGAAUUCAACUGCACAGUAAAAGAGACUCCAGUACUUCACUUAUUUGGGAAAAAAUUGAAGAGCCAUCCAUAGAUUGUCAUGAAUUUGAGGAAUUAUUUUCUAAAACUACUGUAAAGGAAAGGAAGAAACCGAUUUCUGACACCAUCACAAAGACCAAGGCUAAACAAGUUGUCAAGUUACUAAGCAACAAAAGGUCACAAGCAGUUGGAAUAUUGAUGUCUAGCCUUCACUUAGAUAUGAAAGAUAUACAACAUGCUGUGGUGAACUUGGACAAUUCUGUGGUUGACCUGGAGACCCUUCAAGCUCUCUAUGAGAAUAGAGCACAGUCAGAUGAACUGGAAAAAAUUGAAAAACACGGCCGGUCCUCCAAAGACAAGGAAAACACCAAGUCUCUGGACAAACCUGAGCAGUUCCUUUAUGAACUGUCACUAAUCCCCAACUUUUCAGAGCGAGUCUUUUGCAUCCUGUUUCAGUCCACAUUUUCAGAAAGCAUUUGCUCAAUUCGGCGCAAACUGGAGCUGCUACAGAAGUUGUGUGAGACAUUAAAAAAUGGCUCAGGGGUCAUGCAGGUUUUGGGUUUGGUUCUUGCCUUUGGCAACUACAUGAAUGGUGGAAAUAAGACUCGGGGACAGGCAGACGGUUUCGGGUUAGACAUCCUCCCAAAGCUGAAAGACGUCAAAAGCAGUGACAAUAGCAGAAGCCUUUUGUCAUAUAUCGUGUCCUAUUAUCUUCGCAAUUUCGAUGAGGAUGCUGGGAAGGAACAGUGUGUGUUUCCACUGCCGGAACCCCAGGACCUCUUUCAGGCCUCGCAGAUGAAGUUUGAAGAUUUUCAAAAAGACCUCAGAAAACUCAAGAAAGACCUGAGAGCCUGUGAGGUUGAAGCGGGGAAAGUGUACCAGGUGUCCUCAAAAGAGCACAUCCAGCCAUUCAAAGAAAACAUGGAACAAUUUAUUAUUCAAGCUAAAAUUGACCAAGAAGCAGAGGAGAACUCACUGACAGAGACUCAUAAAUGCUUUUUGGAGACUACAGCCUAUUUCUUCAUGAGACCAAAAAUUGGAGAGAAGGAGGUGUCCCCAAAUGUUUUCUUCAGUAUCUGGCAUGAAUUCAGCUCCGACUUUAAAGACUUUUGGAAGAAAGAAAACAAACUUAUUCUACAAGAGAGAGUAAAAGAAGCUGAAGAGGUGUGUAGGCAGAAAAAGGGAAAAUCACUUUAUAAAAUAAAACCAAGACAUGACUCUGGAAUUAAAGCGAAAAUAAGCAUGAAAACCUGAACAACGAAAAGCAGAACGAAAAUGAGUCCCUGCAGCCACUUCCACAGAAUUCAGCCGAUCUGAGGGCAGGAAGGAAACUCAUCAUUUUGAUCACUUUUCUUCUUGGCCUCUUGCAUAAUCUCUGUGUUUUCCAGACAGUUCACUGAUUGUUGAAUUCUACUGUAUAUU